UUUUAGUAGUUUGUGGUGGUAGUGGAGAUGAAGUACACAUCUGCCUGGACAAGUACGUAGAAAAUUCAAUCAAAGAUAGUGAGAGGAAAUUGCGUGGGACAGAGGAUUCAGUAUACACGAUCACGAGUGCUGACCAAACAAUUCAGCAAAGAGGAGAGAAACUGCUAAACAAUGGAGUGUUCAAAAAUGAGCUUGGAAGGUUUCUGCUGAAGGAAUGGGGGAAAGACCAUUACUGGAACAUACUAAAUGGAAAGACCCUGUAUGUUUCCUAUGGCGGAGAAUGUUUGCAAUAUGAACCAAAGGAUUCUCAAGAGGUUUCAGUUACCAGACCUGUUCAUCUGCAGGCUGACCAUGAAGAAGCAGAUACGCUAAUUGCUUUCCAUCUAAGCAAAUUCACUGCCAGUACUGUCCUCGUGCGAGCUUCAGACACUGAUGUUCUGGUAAUACUCAUUGGGGUCCUUGGAAGUCAGCGAGCUGAACUUAGGUCCAUGACCCAAGUUGUAAUGGACUGUGGAAUUGGUAACAGCAGGCGAUAUAUCAAUGUCACCAAUAUAGUUGAUGUCCUCGAGGGAAGGAAAACAGGACUUUCCAAAGCACUGUCAGGCUAUCAUGCAUUUACUGGAUGCGAUUUCACAUCAGCAUUCUACAGGAAAGGCAAGGUCAAAGCCCUGGACCUAAUUGAGAAGGAUGACACUGGGCGCUUCCUCAACCUCUUCACCAAUAUGGGUCAAGUUGAUGGUGCUGUUGACUUUGAAGUUGCAUCUGAAUUUGUCUGCAGAAUGUAUGGCCAAAGCAAAGAACAAGAUGUGGAUAAAGCACGCUACACUAAACUGAUGCAAAUGUCUGGCAAAAUAGAUAAGGAAAACCCACUAGCCAACAUCAAGAAGGUUGACUGUGCACUGUUGCCACCAUCACGUCAAACGCUCAAGAAAAAGAUGAUGAGAGCUCACUAUGUUACUGUUUUGUGGAGCCAUGCCAACACAGCAUCACCUGAUCAAGGCCUCUCUCCCACGGAUUAUGGAUGGUGUUGCAAGGAAGGCUUGUUGCAACCCACAUGGUUUGAUGGACCAUCAGUUCUGGAUUCCUUGUGAUAGUGGCAAAACUGGGAACAUUGAAAAUGCUGAAAAGAGUGACAGCGAUGUGACAAUAAUUCUAAGUCAGUCAGAAGGAAAUGAGAUGGACACAGAUGAUUUUGAUGAACUCAGUGAUUACAACCUGUCGGACAUAUCUGAUGAUGAGACAUGGAGUGAAGACUCCGAUUCUGAUGUUGAAGACAUAGAGUAGCUCAAUGAAAUAAAAAUGAACAUUCAUUUCAUAUGUUCUUUAUGUUGACACAAUACCCUUACCCUAAGACUUAUGUGAACUGACAUACUUCCAGCCUUCAAUAAAACAUGUAUGCAUUGUAUGAGGGGUAGAAAGGCUUGAAAAUUUACAGAAGAUCUGAAAAUUGCCUGUGGUUUAUGGGUUUUAUGUGGUUCAUAAAACUGUGGUUUAUGCAGUGUGUAU